UCUUUGGCGGGAAAUUUAAAAUAAUGAACAAGAAACAGAAAACCUUUUUCGAAGAGAAAAAUGAACCUGAUCAAGCUGGAGCUGUCUUCAUUACAGAAACGUCUCAAAUUCAAAGGCAUUCUACUCCGGGACCAACCGCCAGUCGUUCUGCUUCUCAAUCUACCUCGAGAAUUAGAAAAAAUGAGGAAUUAAUGCCACUAAGUGUUGCAAAAUCUGCUAGUAUAGAUUCUGAAACGGAAAAGCAAGUUAUUUUGACACUCAAGAAAGUACAAAAAGAUAUGACCACUAUUGAGGGAAAAGUUAACAUAAUUUCACAAAUAGAGGGUCCAAGGGAAGUUUUGUGCUGUAAAUAUAACGAGGAAUAUGACUAUCUAGCUGCCGGAUAUGCAGAUGGAAUUAUAAGAGUAUACCAAAGUGCGACUGGCGAGCAUAUAUUCACUCUCACUGAUGCAGACGUUAAAGACGUUAGGGCACCUUGUACCUCCAUAAAACACAGGCCAGUCUCCAAGAUAUAUCCCAUUACAAACUGCUUCACAGGAACAUGUAAAUAUUUCGUAACCACUGUAUACCACAUGAAUCAUUUUAUACAGAAUGAGGUAAAAGUAUCUAUAUCCAAAAAUGUCUACCUAAACAAGUUCAUUUUUAAACUAUUCAACAUACCUACAGCCAUAUUUUUUUGUAUUUUUCUAUGAAAAGUUUUUGUCGGA